UAGCAGUUCAAGCCAUUUUAAUUGCAGCCGAUAUAAAAAAAUAUAACAAACAAUAUUGCAGACCGCGUUCAUGGUAUCGGUUUCCUGUUUACCGUAGUCUCUCGGUAGACUUCGAACUGAUAAUAUUGUUCUUGCGACAUACUUAAACAUGACAAUAUGUGAUACAGACACGCGUCUUGACGGCAAGACCGCCAUCGUGACCGGUGGCAGUUCCGGGGUAGGAUACGAAACAGCAAAAAAUCUAGCGCUUCGAGGAGCAAAAGUGAUCAUCGCAAGCCGAAAUGAAACCAAACUAACCCGCGCGAGAGAUCGAUUGCAAAAAAUAACGAAUAACAAACUUGUGUCGCACAAACGGAUAGAUUUAGCAUCCCUGAAAUCAAUUCGAAGUUUCGCUGCAUACACCAUCAAUACACAAGAACGACUCGAUAUCCUCAUCAAUAAUGCUGGAGCGGUCGGACUACCGGAUCGUUUAACAGAAGAUGGACUCAAUUUGACGAUGCAAGUGAACUAUUUCGGUGCAUUUCUUCUUACUUAUCUAUUGCUGCCUUUGUUGAAGAACUCAGCUCCGAGUCGAAUAAUCAACAGUUCAGCAUCAUCGAUGUACAUCGGACAUAUAGACUUCGAUGAUUGGAAUGAUGUAGGAAGAUACAACACUGUAGAAUUAUUGGCAAAUUCUAAACUAGCGGUUGCAUUGUUCACAGCAGAAUUGGAUAACCGUUUUGGGGACAGCGGUGUGACUGCUAAUAGUUUUGAUCCCUUUUUGGUUCGGGAUACAGAUCUUUUGAAUAAUCUUCCCGAUUUGGUUAAGAAUAUUUCAAGGUUGUUCGUGAAUGUGGCGGGGCAGCCUAAGCAAGAUGUGGGGAAGGAAGUCGCGGCACUAGCGUCUAACCCUGAGUUAGAGAUGGAAAGUGGUCAGCAUUAUAAGUUUUGUAGGAAGUGGAUAAAUCACUGGUUGGUCAGCGAUGAAGAACUGACAGGAACUUUGUGGGAUAUAUCGAAAGGUGUUGUAAAAAUUACUCCGGAAGAAGACUGGGAAGCAAAUAGUGUGUGAAAAUUAGUGGAUUUACGUUAACUGCUUUUAAGCUUGUAGUAAUAUCGUAAGAAUAGACUUCUCAGUCUCCUAACCAUUGACUUAGAAGUUAGGAUCUCUAAUAUUACCAGGAAUGUCAAGGUUGGUUUUAAGUUUUAACUCAUGUAGCACCCGGGUGAAAUCAAUACCCUGGCACCCUCUAGUAGGCCGUGAUCCAAAUGGAAUAUUUACGAUUAUGUUUUCGCCAGUGAUCGGAAAUUCAAGUGCAAACAGAGCAAUUUUUAAAUCAUGUUGUGAAGCAAUAGCUUGUUUACUUCGCUUGCGGCACAAUCCCAUGUUUAAGAAGAAAGGGCUUACAAGA